AUGCAAGGCUUGAAGGGGGCCUAUGUCCAAGAGAACAAAACCGAUCGUAGUAACAUAACCACUAUCGUUCUUUCAGGGGUACGGCCACAAUACACCAUCACUAUUGAUCGUCGUCACGUUAUCGAUAUACCCAACACGUACAGCGUGUGCUACUAUUCCAUCACGGUCUUGCCGGAGGUCAGUGAUAUCGGUUUGUUCAAAACUGUCUCUCUCCAAGGAUCAACAAUAUGCAAGCUUGUCCCCGCCCUUAUGGUCCCGGGAUCUCUGGAGUGCGCUGUGCCCUACAUCCAGAAGCUUGUAGACUUUUUCUACAUAUACGCUGAAUAUUUGACGGGCAAAUCCAACCAAGACAUUUUGAUUGAGGCCAAUCGGGUUUGCCGGGAAUUUAAUUUCUCGAGUUUGAAAGUGAUAAACACUGUGGCUAGCCUUGCCAGGGGAAUUCGUCUGAUUGUACGUCCGUAUCUCGCUCUGAAGAACAAUACCUAUACUAGGGAAGAGGCUGGGGAGGCGUCUAACUCUUACUUGGCAAAGUACAAGAAUGGGUUAGAUGAUGUCGUCAAAGCAGCCUCUAAAACAGGUGCAAUCUUCACUCGUGGCUUUAUGAGAGAGUACGUUAAGCAAUACACUCACUUUCUCAUCCUUUCAGUCUCGUGUGAAAAGUUUCUAAAGACUACCUCCACCACUGCGCACUAA